UCCUCCUACAGGUCUACUCUCUUUUCAUUAUCAUCUUUUCAGUAUGUUCGAUACACAUAAUGGCCCACUAAUUUGGAUUUGUGUUAGGAAGUUUUAUUAUAUACUUUGGCACUCAAACCGACACAUCUAGUUAACGUCAGAAGAGUCAUUUCACCAUAAUCUUUGAUGGUUUUUCAUUAUGAAUUUUGAUAUGCAAAGAUGAAUUUGAAUGCGACUCUGUGUAUGUCUGCUCCUCCCGAUUUAUCAUAGUCCUUUCAGUUUUGAUGAUUAAGAUCUGUAUUUUCUCUUUAUAUUGUAUUAGAAAAUUGACGAAUAAGUUAAAGGAUCUUUUCUAUAUCUCAAAUUUUUGAAUAUUGUUGUACUCCCUGUAUUUAUGUUGAUGUUAUUGUUGUAUUUAUCUUUUAUGCUUUAAAGUUUGAUAGUCAAUUAGAACGAUUUUUAUAAGGCUUAAAAAUUUCCAACUAGAGACACUCGAACUAACUCGUGUUUCAAUUGAACAUCUCAAUUCGUAAUAAAAUGUUUCAAUUGGACACUUUUAAUUCAAAAUUUUGAACUUCUUUUUUGGCGUGAAUUUUCAUUAGGUAGUUAAGCUAACCACAUAAAAUAUGUUAUUCCCUUUAAUUAUAUGCGUUUGUUUCAAUAAGCCAUAAAAUUCAGACAUUUUCUACUUGAGGUUGAUGCGUAUAAUUAAAAAAGAUAGACAUAUUGUGGUUAACUUAACUAUCUAAUAGACGAAUGAAAAUAAGCUCAAUCUUUUUUUCAAAAUUUGAAUAAAAAGUGUCUAACUAGAACAGUUUAUUAGGAGUUGAGGUGUUCAAUUAGGACAAAACUUAGUUUGAGUAUCUAAAUGGAAUAUUUUGACAUGUUGAAGAGGUUGACUAUGUAUGAAGCCUUUUGCAUUUAGAACGCACACAAAAUACAGUGUACUAUUUUUAGUUCCAUGAAAAAUACUGAGAAGGCGACUCAUAUUCACCUCUAAAUUUCAUUUCCAAAGUAAUAAUUAUUGUAGCACAAUGAUUUCCUGUGGUUGGUUUAGAGUCAAACAAAUUAAUUUUGCCUAGAUAUUACAAAUAUAGCUCAUGGUUCUAUAUUCUGUUCUAUUCUCUUUGUAAAUUGUAUAUCUUUCGAAACCAAAGUGUUAAGUUUUAGGUCUGAAAGUUGGUGAAAUUGACUACUAAAUACUGAUUUGCGCCUUUGGUGGUGACGUUUUACCCCAAUAUAAUGUGGGUAGUUUCUAGCGCGAAACUGGAUUAGUCGGGCUUGGAAACAAAUACCACACAGCGUGUGAGGGAACCAAUUGGUCCUAGAAUUGCUAUAACGACGUCCAAUUUUAUCAGCAAAGCUAUAAAGUUAAAAAACUUGUGAAUAGUUGUAAUGACUUCUGCAAGCGCGAAUGAGAAUUGUCUUGGUUGGGCAGCGAGAGAUCCAUCUGGAGUUCUUUCACCUUAUGAAUUCAACCGGAGGGCAGUUGGCAGUGAUGAUGUUCUGCUAGUCAUUGAAUUUUGUGGAAUAUGUUUCGCUGAUGUUGUCUGGACCAGGAACAAACUUGGAACUUCAAAAUAUCCUCUAGUGCCAGGACAUGAAAUUACGGGAACUGUGAGAGAGGUCGGCACCGAUGUUAAGCGCUUCAAAGUUGGCGACCCUGUUGGAGUUGGAACAUAUGUUAAUUCAUGCAGGGAAUGCGAAUAUUGUAAUGAUGGAUUAGAGGUUCAUUGUUCAAAAGGAUCAAUAUACACUUUUGAUGGUAUAGACACGGAUGGUACAGUUACUAAAGGGGGAUACUCCAGUUACAUUGUUGUCAAUGAAAGGUACUGCUUUAGAAUACCUGAAAAUUACCCGCUUGCAUCUGCAGCACCUUUACUAUGUGCUGGAAUUACUGUUUAUACUCCGAUGAUAAGACAUAACAUGAACCAACGUGGAAAAUCUCUAGGUGUGGUUGGAUUAGGUGGUCUGGGUCACUUAGCAGUGAAGUUUGGAAAGGCUUUUGGGUUGAAUGUAACAGUAUUCAGUACAAGUAUAUCUAAGAGAGACGAGGCGUUAAAGCUUCUUGGAGCAGACAAGUUUGUAAUCUCAUCUGAUGAACUGCAGAUGACGGCGCUGAGUAAGUCGUUUGACUUCAUUAUUAACACCGCUUCUGGAGAUGUUCCAUUUGAUACACACUUGUCGCUGUUAAAGACUGCUGGCACUCUUGUUCUGGUUGGCUUCCCAAGUGAAGUGAAAUUUAUUCCAGGAAACUUAAUCCUCGGUAUGAAGACCAUUGCUGGGAGUUUAACUGGUGGAACAAAACAGACACAAGAAAUGCUGGAUUUCUGUGCUGCCCACAAAAUUUAUCCAGAAAUUGAGAUAGUCCCCAUUCAGUAUGCCAAUGAAGCACUCGAAAGGUUAAUAAAGAAGGACGUCAAAUAUCGCUUUGUAAUUGAUGUUGGGAACAGCCUCAAGUAAUGGCGGAGGAACAGUAUGUUCUCUUGCACUGAUUUACGCACCACAAAAUCUCACAUGACCAUUCAUGUGGCUGUUAUAACACAGCUAAUUCCCUUCCGUGCAUCCGCGUAGUGUAAUUUGUUGCAAUUAGAUAUCAUAGUUCAGAGAAGUAAUUUUUAAUGUCCAAGUUAUAAGGGAUUGAUAUUAUGCAGGCUAAACUAGAGAACAUGUUCAUGCUCUUAUCUUUUUUCACAUGGGUUGUGUUUAUCAUGUGGGAUUACACUAGACAUAUUGUUAGUGGUUUUGUUGGGUGUGCCAAUCAUCUUCUUUAUCUCUGUAGAUAUUGCUAUAAUUCAUACAAUUAUUAACACUUCCAAUCCAAAGGCAUGUCUGUUGUGGGCUU